UUGAUAAGCGUACGUGACUGUAUAUACUCCUUUGACCCGUUCUAGAUUUCGAGACAAUUUUAACUUAGUGAUAUUGAGGACUUCAUUGCUGUAGCAGUGGAUUUUAAACGCUAAGUAAUCAAAGACUUCGAACCACUUGAACUGUGACUGUGACUCUGUGAGACGUCAACAAUGAUUUAAAGACAAAUAAUUAUUAUGUCAACGCGAUAUUAUAUUUACAACAAUGUUGCAAACUUGCAAUAACGAAGGAAUGUAUCAAGACAAGUCAAGGAGUCAAUGUCUAGUGAUUCAUCGCAGAUGACUAUUAUCUUCCGUGAUGAAUUCGUCGAAAUUCCAGUAAUGAACUCUCGCCGUCUCGUGUAAGAAAAGGUGGUGGUGGAAAGGGGGUAGUGAAUGACCUCUUUGGAGCGGGAGGAUCCCCCUUCAGGACCCCUCCAGUGUUGCGGCCAAGAACCCCGACUGGGUCGGAAAAGGGUAAAGCGGAGAGAAGACUUCGGACCCAGCUGAGCUCCACCGCGCCUGAUAACAAUCGGUGUAUUGAUUACCUCCGUGCAUAUUAUGCGUGAUUUGCAUGCAACAAGCAAGCCACUGACACGGAACAUCUGGGCAGGGAGAGAGAGAGGGAGAGGGAGGGAGAGAGAAAGAAAGAGAGGGAAUGAAAGAGAGGGAGGCAAAGGGGCCUUUGCUAAGGAGUGUUGAUUUGCGUGCGUGCUUGAGACCUCGUCUUGCCUUUAUUCUCCCCGCUGACUGUCCAGCUAUAUCUAAAGCCAGCUCCGCUCCGAGUGUUAUUUGUUCAGCUUUCUUACAACGAUCAGUUUACUCAUUGUAAAGGUGAUAACAACACAACACAAGUCGGCCAGCUUGCGAUGUGCUGUGAUUUGGCUUCCAGACGCCCUUUUGCCUACACAUAGCGAAGACUCUAUUCUUGGUGCAUCAGUGUUUCGUGUGUAUGGUAUAAUCUUCGCAGGCUCACUUAUGUCUCUGGACGUCAUUACACGCAAUUAGCAUUUUUGACCAGGUGGGCUCAAACUCAAGAAUGCGGAACUCGUGGAACCUUAGUCGUGUAAUUGCAGCUCAGCAGUGGUAGAUAUGGCAGAGAACGAGGACGAGAAUGAUCGCGACAUGGAUCAAGAAACGACGAAAAAGGAAUGCUCUGAGAAGAAUGAAUCGGAAUCAGACCAGAUUCUUCCUAGCAGUACCUGUACAGGGGCGACGACGAGCAAAGGGGCGGGGCCGUCGAGUGGCGCUGGUUCGAACAGCCGCAGAAGUCGUCGAAAGCAAAGUGAUCCCCGUCGCGUCGGCAGCGAGAUGGUGAAAAUGGAAGUGGAUCUGGUAGAGAUUAAAUCCGAAAUCAUAGACCACGGUGAUAGCGAUAGUCAUGGGAAAGAUCCGGAAGACCAUUUCGACGACGACGACGAUGUCUUUCUCAAAGUCAGGACCAAUGCACUCGCGCCAAUUCCCGACACUCCUUCGAGUUUGGAACAUUUGGGAAAAUCCCUGAUGCACGAUCAAUCACGUAUUCUUAUUCAAGAUCGAGAUCGGAGGGAUGUUUUACAGAGAACCGUCGUCAAUGACGAGGACUGCCAACCUGAAGAUCUUAGCAUGAGCAGUAAAAAGCGUGAUCAUAAGCGUGUCGUCCUUGCAAUACCGUCGGUUGUCAGACCAACCAAGGGAACUAAAUCAAGGGACCUAGGAAGAAAUAAUUCUGUAAACUCAUCAACCCAUUCGCAUACAUCUCAGAACUCGUCUCAUCUUUUUAGAGCAUUUUCUCAUGAUUUACAGGCGGAAGAAAGCCUCGGCCUCGUUGGACUCGAGAGAGAUUACUUAAUGAAAUACAGACACGAUUACGACGACGACCAUCACGACUCACACUCCCAAGUCAACGACCACCACCGUGAAUAUUCCACAUCUCUGCCAUUCGCGAUCGCCCACCAACACAAAGUUCUUCUCGAACAGGAGUGCGAUUCUCAGGAUCUCAUGUGUGGUGACCAAAAAGAAACAAACGGGAAAACAUCUCCAUCGACAUCGACUUCAUCGUCAUCGUCGACUUCGCAAUCGUCGAAGGCGAUGGGUAAACCCGGGAGGUCGUACAAGAACUUGAGUCGUUCGCGGAGGAUCGUCGCGAACGCUCGAGAGCGUAAUCGAGUCCACACGAUCAGCUCUGCCUUCGAGGGUCUUCGUCGAGCAGUACCAUCGUACUCGCACAACCAAAAACUCUCGAAGCUGGCCAUACUCCGGAUCGCAUGCAGUUACAUCCUGGCCCUGGCCAAGCUCGCCGACCUCGACUACAGCCCCGAAGACGAGCAACAGAUAAGCUUCGAGGACUGUGUCGAUCUCUGCACCGAGACGCUGCAAGCAGAGGGGAGGUCGAAAAGACGGAAGGGUCCUAUGGAGUGAUGCGGAGGCGAUGGAGGCCGCUGGAGGCGCUCUUUACCAUCAUCUACAGCUGGCACCAGGCAGGAGGAAAAGGAAAAUCUAAUUCCUCAGGCAAGACCCUUGCAUCGAAGAAUCAUUGAUCAUAGGUUUCAAGCUCGCUGGUACUAAUAGCAUUCGCCAAGGAGAUAAAAAAAUUGCAGAACCAAGCCAUUAUCCCUACAGGAAGUGAAAGCAUGGCCCUUCAACAGUAUAUCUCAAAAAAGUUUACAGUUUCCAAUAGGUUUUCCCAAAAUAAAUAUUUCAAUUUUUGUUGUUGAUAAAUCUUGAUAGCUAAGAGUCUUUUAUAGCAAAGGACAGGAGGAACAGAAAAUUUUAUAUAUAUAUAUAUAUAUAUAUAUAUAUAUAUAUAUAUUGUUGGGGUGGGGGAGGGGUUGAAUAUUUAUUGGGAGAUACAUUUUCUUUAACUUUUUGAGAUGCCCUGUUAUGUAUUACAGGUGUACAUUAAUUGGCUAUCUGAAAUAAAAUUUGGAUAGAGAACAAAACCAUAACUUGGCUCACAGAAAAAGGUGGAUGAGGCUCUAAAAACUCUGUUCAACCAUUAAGUUAUGACUUUUUGAAAGUCUAGAAUUCUAGGUAUAUGCAUAUGGAAAUCAAUAUAUAAUUGACAAAUUAGUUAUAGAUAAAUGUUGAUUUAAAAAAAACGUUCUGUUCGUUUUGUUCAAUUCCCCCAAAGUUUAAAACCUGAACACACCUAUACUUGGCUACUAUGUUCGUAUUGCCCUUUCAGGUGGCCCAGUCAAAGGAGUCAUUACAUUAUAUACCAGUGGCAUAUCCAGAAAUUGAUAAAAAGGAAAGGGGGCAAAGUGCCCCCUGAAUACUCAAUAAAUCCAAAACUGUAGGCAUAUCGGGGCGGCUAUGCCCUCUGCUGGAUACGCCAUUGCUGGCUGUCACGAUAGUAAAAUAUUUAAACUGUAACCUCAUGGUGUAAGUGUAGUGAUCGUUAUGUGAAGAGAAAUGAACAGAUACUGUAACUAUAUCGUGAAACAUAAUUAUCCUUAUGAUUGGACCAAUUAGUAAGUAAUUGUGACAUGUUGGAUAUUGGACAAGUUGUAUUCAUGGACGCCAUUUAAGAUGAAAGUGCAUUCAAUGUGUUUUUGAAAAUAUAUUAUGAAGUAAAUUAAACGUAUAUGUGUGUGAUCUUAAAGAAGGUAAAUGGUGUUUUUCAUUUACUUCAUUUACACUGUGAAUUCUUUCAAAAUGUGAUACUUGUUAUUUAUGUCUAAUAUUUGCUGUACACAAUGUAAUUGUAUACCAGGAUCAUAAUCCUUUAGACUGUAUGUUUUUCUUUCAGGCUUUGUAGAUUUAUUUUGCAGAGUUAUAAUCAUGCUUUAAAAUAACAAUUAUUUCCUCUCUUUCUUGCAAUCGUGUAUACCAAAAAAAUAAAUCCGUAUCUAUUACUAAUCCGGACUAAUCCACGUUAGCCUAUGCUUUUAGUACAGGUGAACUUGAGAUAUUUUUUUUCCCGGGGGGGGGGGGGGGGACCCGGGGUGGUCAUCUUAAAAUAAAUAGUAGACCAAGUCUUUUCAACAUGUGCAACUGAGUAGGCUGCUUGAGUUUGCAAUGGGCUAUGUUAACUUAAUGCUCCAUUGCAUCAUAUUCGUAAUGUUAGAUGAUAUUUAAUAUAGUAUCUCCUCCAUAUUUAGAUAUGGGGAUUUAACUUGUAUUUAUGAGUAUUGAUUCAACAUCUAUGUCAAUUGAUGGUACUACAAAUUCGUUAAAUUAUUAGUGUUGUACUUUUCUUUCAACCAAGUCAUAUUAUGCACCAGUGCAGUGUACUUCUUUGGCACACUCCAAGUGAUUUUGUUUUUCAGCCUGUCUUUUAUAUUUUUACAAACUACCUCUUUAUUCGUUCUAUUUUUUAUAUUUUCAAGUUUUUGUACGUCUUUUGAAAUUUUGCAUCUCUGUGUCAUAUUAAAAAUGAGGAAAUGUGAACUGUUUGUAUAAUUAUGAACCCGAUUAGAUGAACACUCAUGACCAAAUGAGUCAUAUAUUUCAGUGAACAUAUCUUUCAAAGAAAGUUGUAAAUGUAUAUCUAGGAAUGAACCGAGUUGUAUUUUAUAGAAUAACUGCCACAUUGCAAAAUGGCAGAAAUGUAAUCAUUAGACAAAGACCUUUGAGAUAUUUUAGCUCCAGAUGGAGUGACGUCAUUGCAUUUUUGCAUUCUUCAAAAUACAUUCAAAUAAUAACUCGUAGUCACGCUAGAUAUACGCCAUUUCAAUGAAUUGUUCCUUUUACUAAAUGCCAAUUUGAAGAAAUAGAGUUAACCUUUCAUUUCAUGAGGAACUCAUGAGGAAAGGGAAUUUUCUUUGGUGAAAUAUGAGUUCCAAAAUGUUUUUGCAAAGUUACUCAUAAAUUAUGUGAGGACUUCACGAAGUAAGCAAAUGUUAUGUAACAUUCGACAUAGUUUGAGUAAAACAACAAUAUUGCAAACUUUCCAAAAAGAUGAAGUUCAAAUCUUGCGCAAAGUUUCUUAUUUUGCCCAGUUUCAUAAGAGAACAGCUACUGCAAUACCAUUCUCUAAUGUAAUGUGUAUAAAGAAUACUUUAUUAAUUAUUAUUGCAUAACUUAUCAUCAUUCUGAAUUAGAUGAGGGAUGGUAACAUAUUGAAUGUCGGAAAGAAUUUUAUGCUACUCUCAUUAAUAUUAUUCAAACAUCAAAAUCCUUUAAUAUUAAGUCAUUAAAUCAUGAACCAGUAACCCCUUCCAAGUCUUUGAAGUAAUGUUCAGUCCCAGCUAUUUUUCAUAUUUGUUUUGCAUGAACUCAGAAAAACAGUAAUUGUCGCACUCUGAUGCAGAUUGUUCUUCAGAAAAUCAAUGGGUACUCUUUAAAAUUAAAUUCACUGUUCUAAAGUUGGUUCGCCGUCCAAAAUGACAGUACAUGUAUCUAUAUCAUACGCAAAUAAUUAUUUCAUAGUCAUGAUUAGGAAUUGAAUUAAUUAUUAUUAACUUUGGCUAGUGUAGGUUGAACUAAAUAACAUAUUUAUAUGUAUAAUGUCCACCGCCCCCACCUUAUAUCUCCACAUGGCAUAUGACCCUAGCACACGUGGCGUUAUUUUGAUUGCGUUAUUAUCUGCGCUAAUAAACAAUGUAAAUGCAUACGCCAAUGAUUCAACGCGUGGUUUCCAUUUCAAUUGGUGCAUUUUACAUUCAAAUUUUGCACGGCGUCAAUAUUACAUGCCGCAUUAAAGACGGCGUCAGGCGCUGACGUAGUCCUGCGUCAACAAAAUGACGCCUCGUGUGCAACGGAUAUAAUGGUUAACCCAUUGCCUACUGGAACCUGUUGGCUCCUGUAUUAAUCCUAGGGAAAGAGAGAAUUCAGUAGUCGAUGAGUUAAGAUGCGUCAAGAAUUUGAUUGAUUGAUGAGGUGCCCAUUGUAUUGGUCACUAUAUGAUUAUUGUUUGUGCUGUCCAUGGUGUCGUUGCAUUGAUUCAUUCGUAUUAUCGAGAAUAAAAGUACCUAUAUUAUUUAAUGACAAUUGAA